AUGGAGGAGGAGGGACUCAAGACGGCGGAUGAAGAGCCUUGCACCAUCGUGAGUAAAUGGAACUGCACGUCGCUUAAAACCAAAUGCAUGUUGGUGGCGAUUUUGCUUGUGUCCUUAGUGUUGGUAUGGGUCUUUGCCUCGUUGGUGCCUUACUUUCCCAGCACCUUUCCAACCGGGCCACUCUCCUCGGGGCAAGUCAUGGCGUUUAUUUUAAUCACCUUCAUCAUUGUAUGGGCCACCGUGGAUACCUUUUUUGUACGAAUGAAUCUGUUGUCAGAGUCAUACAUAAAUGCCAGGUCGCGUAUACAACUCCGAGGUGGAGCUGAACUCAGCGGGUAUCUUUUGCUCAUGUUUGUGUGUGAUCGGACCACACUGUUGCCGAGGUUUGAAAAGACGUACAACGUGGAUUUCUUCUGGUUUCUCUGUAUUGUGUUUUUGGGUGCCUCGUUGCUGACGCUUAAAAGGGCCAAACCUCCUUCACUUGUCAUUAACGGCGAAGUAGAGUCUCCUGUAAAGUUGUUUCAUGUACCCCCCUUGUCGCGCUCUCAGACGGAGGAAUGGAAAGGAUGGAUGCAGGUGCUCUUCCUGUGGUAUCACUACUUUCACAAUGUCAGCAUUUACAAUAGUAUUCGACUUUUUAUUGCGGCGUAUGUAUGGAUGACAGGCUUUGGGAACUUUUCUUACUAUUAUGUGCAAAAAGAUUUUUUUCUGGAACGGUUUUAUGGCAUGCAAUGGAGACUAAAUUUUCUUGUAACCGCCGUUUGUUUCACCAUGGGAAAUCAGUAUAUGCUUUAUUACAUAUGUCCCCUUCACACCUUGUUUACGUUGUUCAUAUACGUCAGCCUGUACUUAUAUCAGGGCAUGAACAGUACAGGUAAGGGAUUGUGCGUGAAGCUAGUCUUGUGGUUGGUUUUGUGUUUUUUCAUGUGGGAUGUGUCAAGGGAUCUCUUUUAUGCGCUUUGGAGUCCAUUCGCCUGGCUGAUUGGUUUUAAUAACCCCUAUCGUCCUGAGCAACAUGUCUUGUGGGAGUGGUUUUUUCGCACGUCCCUGGAUCACUACGUUUGGAUCUAUGGGAUGAUCUGUGCUUACUAUCACCCACGCCUUGACAGUUAUCUAAAGCGGUUGGACGAACUGCCGAGAUACACCAGUUGGCUAGUGAAGUUUUCCAUUGCUUUUUUAGCGUUGUUGGUGGGGGCCAUGUACGUGAAAACAGUCUACAUUACUCCAAAAUUGGAGUACAAUAGAAUUCAUCCUUACACCUCUUUUAUUCCCAUUACGAUUUAUAUUGUUUUGAGAAAUCUAUUUAAAGUUGCGCGUAUGUAUCAUAUUGGACUGUUUGAGGCCCUGGGGAAAGUGACCCUGGAAUCGUACAUAACACAGUAUCAUAUUUGGAUGGCCACCACAGGGUUGAAUGGAAGCCCAAAGAAGCUGCUUCGGAUUGUGCCUGAGGGUUAUCCCUGUGUCAAUUUUGCCUUGAUGUCUAUUAUGUUUGCUGCUGUGUCCUUUCGCCUCUUCGCUACCACCAAUAUCACGCGAAGAUUUCUAGCGCCACCAAAGGCGGGUUCUUCCGCAAUAAGGAUGAACAUUUUUGCGGCAAGCCUCUUCAUUUUUUUGGUGUUUACUAUUUCAUACGGUAUCACACAUAUCGCGGUGAAGUGA